GCUUCGCUGUGUUAACAGGCAGCUGCGUUCCUUGGUCGAAGGGAGUUUGCGAGACGAGUGGCUGGCCGGCCGGUAGAAAUUGUGUCAUCAUGCAGAAAAUCAAGUCUCUGAUGACCCGACAGGGUCUUAAAAGUCCUCAGGAUAGUAUUCAUGAUUUGAGCCCCCUUGAGAACUUCAGAAUUCCAAGCAAGGAAGAACUUCGAGAACUCCGGGAGCAACCAACUGAUCCUCAGGCCCAGCAGGAAAUAAUUAACAGCAUUGAAGAAAUCUAUUUUUCCAAUGAUUCCUUUGAUAUUGUUAAGUAUGAGUUAGAGCAGCUGCCAACUGUUCUUAGUCUUCAGGAAUUGGAAGAGUAUAGAGACAAACUAAAACAGCAGCAAGCAGCUGUAUCCAAAAAAGUUGCAGACUUGAUCCUUGAGAAACAGACUGCAUAUGUCAAGGAACUUGAACGAGUUACAUCAUUGCAAACAAGCCUUAAGUUAGCUGCUGUUAUCUGUACAAAUGGAAGACGGCAUCUGAAUUCAGCCAAGGAGGGCUUUACUCAAGCCAGCUUGGGUCUUCUUGCAAAUCAACGGAAACGCCAGUUGCUAGUUGGGCUGCUAAAAUCUCUAAGAACAAUAAAAACCCUGCAACAGACCGAUGUGCGUUUGAGUGAAAUGUUGGAGGAGGAAGAUUAUCCAGGGGCUAUACAAUUGUGCCUGGAAUGCCAGAAGGCAGCUAGCACUUUCAAACACUACAGUUGCAUAAGUGAAUUGAAUUCAAAACUACAGGACACCUUGGAGCAAAUUGAGGAGCAGUUAGAUGUUGCACUUUCUAAAAUAUGCAAGAACUUUGACAUAAACCAUUAUACUAAGGUGCAACAGGCAUACAGGCUACUUGGAAAAACACAGACAGCCAUGGACCAACUACAUAUGCACUUUACUCAAGCCAUUCACAAUACAGUAUUCCAGGUUGUUCUAGGGUAUGUUGAAUUGUGUGCAGGAAACACCGACACCAAAUUUCAGAAGCUUCAAUACAAGGAUCUUUGCACACACAUUACAUCAGACAGUUACAUUCCAUGCCUUGCUGAUUUGUGCAAAGCUCUAUGGGAGGUCAUGCUGAGUUAUUAUCGGACAAUGGAUUGGCAUGAAAAAUAUGACCAUGGGGAGUCUCCAUCUUCUGAUGGAAAUAACAUCCUGGAUACUGAGGAGACCAAUUUUGACCGCAGCUACGUGAAAAAAAAAUUGGAGCAUGGCCUUUCACGAAUAUGGCAGGAUGUCCAAUUGAAAGUGAAGAUCUAUUUGCUGGGCACCGAUAUGUCUAACUUCAAAUAUGAUGACUUCAUAUUUGUACUGGAUAUUAUUAGCAGGCUGGUGCAGGUUGGAGAAGAAUUUGGUGGCAGCAAGUCAGAAGUGUUGCAAGAUUCCAUUAGAAAACAAAGUGUUAAUUAUUUCAAGAAUUAUCACAGAACUCGUCUUGAAGAACUGCGAAUGUUCUUAGAGAAUGAGACUUGGGAACUUUGUCCUGUUAAAUCAAGUUUCAGCAUAUUGCAACUUCAUGAAUUUAAAUUCAUGGGACAAUCACGUUCCCCUACUGUGUCACCAAGCAAGCAGCCUGCAUUAGAAACAGAAGGAGAUUUAACUCUUUUUGAGCAAUAUCGUAAUGGAGGAAAUCCCUUUGAAAUCCAAGCCAACAACAAAGAUGAUGAGACAGAAGAUGUGUUGGCUUCUAAUGGGUAUGAAUCGGAUGAACAAGAAAAGAGCGCUUAUCAAGAAUAUGAUAGUGACAGUGAUGUUCCUGAAGAACUGAAAAGGGACUAUGUUGAUGAACAGACUGGAGAUGCUCCAGUAAAAAGUGUUUCUCGAGAAACUCUGAGGACCAGGAAGAGAUCAGAUUAUUGCCUCAACAAGGUGAAUGCCCCAAUUUUAACCAACACUACACUUAAUGUAAUUAGGCUUGUUGGUAAAUAUAUGCAAAUGAUGAACAUUUUGAAGCCCAUUGCAUUUGAUGUGAUUCACUUUAUGUCGCAGCUUUUUGACUACUAUAUGUAUGCAAUAUAUACAUUUUUUGGCCGAAAUAACACAUUUGAAUCAACAGGACUUGGACUUAGCAGCAGUAGGCUUCGCACCACAUUGAAUAGAAUCCAGGAAAGCUUGAUUGAUCUGGAUGUGUCCUCUGAUGUGGCUGGAACUCUGACUGCUGUUGAAGAAAGAAAGGAAAAAGUUCCAAUGCCACAUUUAAGUCAUCUUGUAGUCUUGACAUCCAGCAACAGUCUUUAUGGUUUGGCAGAGAGAGUGGUAGCCACAGAAUCCUUAGUAUUUUUGGCUGAACAAUUUGAGUUUCUCCAGUCUCAUCUUGAUACUGUAAUGCCUCCAGCCAAGAAGCCUUUUCUUCAACAGUUCUACUCACAGACAGUUUCAACAGCCAGCGAACUACGUAAACCUAUAUACUGGAUUGUAGCUGCUAAAGCAAUUGAUUAUGAACAGAUGUUACUUCAGAUGGCAAAUAUGAAGUGGGAUGUGAAAGAAAUCAUGUCACAACACAAUAUUUAUGUCGAUUCACUCUUAAAAGAAUUUGAACAGUUUAACAAGAGGAUGAAUGAAGUGUCAAAGAGAGUUCGUAUUCCACUGCCAGUUUCAAAUAUUCUUUGGGAACACUGCAUACGACUAGCCAAUAGAACAAUUGUAGAAGGUUAUGCCAACGUCAAGAAGUGUAGCAAUGAAGGUCGUGCUCUGAUGCAGUUGGAUUUUCAACAGUUUUUAAUGAAGCUGGAGAAACUCACAGAUAUUAGGCCUAUUCCAGACAAGGAAUUUGUGGAGACCUACAUUAAAGCUUAUUAUUUGACUGAAAAUGACAUGGAACGUUGGAUCAAGGAACACAGAGAAUAUUCCACCAAGCAACUGACCAAUUUGGUGAAUGUUUGUCUGGGAUCUCACAUCAACAAAAAAGCUAAGCAGAAACUACUAGCGGCUAUUGAUGACUUAGAUAGGCCUAAAAGAUAAUUCAUAAGACUGUCCGGUAUCAUGAUUCUUUUCUUUUGGCCUGUGUUAUUAUUUGACCAUGUGAAACAUGAAGAAAUAGCUCAUGGAACGACAGAUGAAGUUUGGCUAAAUGGAGAAAGUGGGCAUCCUUUUCUGACUGGCUCCAAAGACAUUUGAAAUCAGUGUGUGGUCUUCUCAAUCCUCUAUCCUCACUGCCACUUUGGCAGUGUGCUUUCUUUCAUGAUGAGUUAAAUUUGUGUUUGUAUGUGUAGAUGUGCAUGUUUGUGUAUGCAUAUAUUUACACACACACUAACAUACAGUUG